CACUUCCCAAAGUACAAGUAACGACGUCCUAAUUUAGCUUGAAUUUCGCGCCACUUAGGCACACUGGCACUUGGCAAUUCUCAGGGGGUCUGCUCAUUUCAAAGUAGCACCAUGUCCAGGGACUGGCACACAUGUAACUAUGUUCCCACCAACCUAAACAGCAACACUAAGCCAACGAAUAGCAAAGUCUAUGUGAUGUACCAUGGAACCACCAGGAAAAAUGCCAACAUCAUCAUGGAGAAGGGCUUCAAGCGCUCCACUAAGGGUAUGCUAGGUCCCGGGGUAUACGUUAGCCGAGACCCCAAGAAGGCUCUCAGGUACCCUCUAAAAGUGAAGCCUGGAAACCAAGUUGUCCUCGAGCUCCUUGUUAAUGUGGGAAUGGUUAAGAAGAUUAACAGGCAGGGCCACCCAAUGCAGAAGACCUGGCACAAGCAUGGGUAUGACACGGCUUGGGUGCCACCUGACUGUGGAAUGGUAGAUAGUCAUCUGGAGGAAGACUGCAUUUGGGACCCUAAAAGAAUCAAGGUUCUAAAUAUUUUAGAGCCUGAUGAGUUAAAUUCUGAAUCUGAUGAAGAAGAUAAUGAUGAAGAUGAUGAUGAGGAGGAGGAGGAGACAUCGUGUGAAGAUGAAGAUGAUGAGGAGGAGGAGGAAGAGGAAUGGUGUGAGGAUGAAGAUGAAGACUACUAAAUGUCUGCUUGUAAAUUUAAAAAAUAAAAA